AUGACUGACAAAAAACAGUAUUUAGCUGAUUAUUCGUUUGAAUAUUCUCUUGAUGAUGACAAACGGUUAACUGGUUUGUUCUGGGCUGAUGGUUUAUGCAAGCUUAACUAUAUGGAGUUUGGGAUGUACAAGAUGGUAUUUGUUCCGUUCACUGGCAUUGACAACCACUUUCGAAAUGUAACACUUGGAGCUGGGUUGUUGGCAUCAGAGAGCAUUGAGUCAUAUAAAUGGCUUCUGAAUUCAUUCUUAAAGUCAUUUGGUCGGCAGCCAAAGGUUGUAGUGACGGACCAAGACCCUGCUAUGAAACAGGCUAUUGAGGAGGUUUUCCCUAACAGCAGACACAAAUUAUGCAUGUGGCACAUAAUGAAAAAAGUGGCAGAUAAGAGAACAGAGAUUUAUGGAACAAUUUCUGAAUGUCUGCCGAUGGACACCAAAAUAGAGGGUCCACAGAUCAGGAUAUUGUUGAAGGACUUUAAAGCCCAUGGAGAUGGUUUAUUGGAGACUUGCGAGAUUUUUAAAGCCAAACAACAAGGUAAACAGCAAAAAAAGAAUAUGAAGGGCGUCCAGAUUGAAAAUGUUCCCCGAGACAAAGAUAACGAGGUCGAAGACGACGAAGAGGAAGAUGAGUUUGAAGAUUACAGUGGUAGUAGUGAUGAUGGAUCUGAAGAAGAAGAUCAGUGGGAGGAGCUUUCAGAAGAUGAUGAGGAUGAGUAA